GCGGUCAAUGAGCCUGCGCAGACCGCGCGGCGAGGUGGGGGAGGGCGGUCCGUGUGUGUCUGUGUUGUUGUUCGGCGGCAGCGGCGGCGGCGGUAAGAUGGCUGCCCACGGGGGCUCCGCGGCGUCGUCGGCGCUGAAGGGGUUAAUUCAGCAGUUCACCGCCAUCACCGGUGCAAGUGAAAGUGUAGGGAAACAUAUGCUUGAAGCCUGCAACAAUAAUCUGGAGAUGGCAGUCACUAUGUUUCUGGAUGGUGGAGGAAUCGCUGAAGAGCCCAGUACCAGUUCAGCAAGUGUCUCCACUGUCAGACCACACACAGAAGAAGAAGUUCGUGCUCCAAUUCCUCAAAAGCAGGAAAUAUUGGUGGAACCAGAACCUUUGUUUGGUGCUCCUAAAAGACGACGACCUGCACGUUCAAUAUUUGAUGGUUUCCGGGAUUUUCAAACUGAAACUAUUCGGCAAGAACAAGAAUUAAGAAAUGGAGGAGCAAUAGAUAAGAAACUAACUACCCUUGCAGAUCUAUUCCGGCCACCCAUUGAUUUGAUGCAUAAAGGCAGCUUUGAAACAGCCAAAGAGUGUGGCCAGAUGCAGAAUAAGUGGCUGAUGAUAAACAUUCAAAAUGUACAAGACUUUGCAUGCCAGUGCCUCAACCGUGAUGUAUGGAGCAAUGAAGCUGUGAAGAAUAUUAUCCGGGAACAUUUCAUUUUCUGGCAGGUUUAUCAUGACAGUGAGGAAGGUCAGAGAUACAUACAGUUUUAUAAGCUAGGGGAUUUCCCCUAUGUUUCCAUCUUGGAUCCACGGACAGGUCAGAAGCUAGUAGAGUGGCACCAGUUAGACGUAUCUUCUUUCUUGGACCAAGUGACAGGAUUUCUGGGUGAACAUGGGCAACUGGAUGGACUUUCUAGCAGUCCCCCCAAAAAAUGUGCCCGUUCAGAGAGCCUUAUAGAUGCAAGUGAAGACAGCCAGCUAGAAGCUGCCAUCAGAGCCUCCUUGCAAGAGACACAUUUUGAUUCAACACAGACAAAACAGGAUAGCCGCUCAGAUGAAGAAUCUGAAUCUGAACUUUUUUCUGGCAGUGAGGAGUUCAUAUCUGUUUGUGGCUCUGAUGAAGAAGAGGAGAUAGAGAAUCUUGCCAAGUCCAGAAAGUCUCCCCACAAAGAUUUGGGGCAUAGAAAAGAAGAAAACAGAAGGCCACUAACUGAGCCCCCAGCCAGAACUGAGCCUGGAACAGCCACAAACCACCAAGGAUUGCCAGGUGUAGAUUCAGAAAUAUUGGAGAUAUCACCUGAAAAAUCAGAUGGAAUAGUGGAGGGCAUAGAUGUAAAUGGACCAAAAGCACAGCUGAUGUUGCGGUAUCCAGAUGGAAAAAGGGAACAGAUCACUCUUCCAGAGCAAGCUAAACUGCUAGCUUUGGUGAAACAUGUCCAGUCUAAAGGAUAUCCAAAUGAACGUUUUGAACUUCUCACCAACUUCCCUCGAAGGAAACUCUCUCAUCUGGACUAUGACAUUACAUUACAAGAGGCAGGCCUUUGUCCUCAAGAGACUGUCUUUGUACAGGAAAGAAAUUAACAUCAUGGCCUGACCUCUCUCAGCUCACCCCUUUUUUUCCCUUUUCCUGUGAGAUACCAUGUCACUGAGUAUGCAUUUUGGCUCAUAGGACCAUAGAGCCAAAGUUGGGCAAGCAAGUCACCUGCCUUCUCUUUUUAUUUCUUGCUCUCUCUCCCCACCCCCACCUUUUCUCUCCUCUUCAAUUUUCUUCUUUUUCCUGCUUUUCUUUCUUUCUUACCUAAUCUGGUGACCAAAUGGAAGUGUAAGGAUAAGACCUCCUAGUACUGGCAGCAGGAAAUGUGUGUUCCAACAAGUGGUCUCUUGCACGGCACUUUUUCGGGAUCAAAUAAUGUUACUCCUCCGACUCCUUUGUGAAAGGAAUGGCUAGUUUCAGAAUAAGAACAACCUCCCUUUUUUGUAAGCCCCAUUUUUAGUAGGGAGAAGAAAUUCUCUAACACAUGUUUCAUUUUGUUUUGUUGUUCAUGUAGGAAAUACCACGUAACAAAAUAUCCAGACUUUUGUUUUACAUGAAAAAAGCAUCCCUUAUAAUUGUUGCUCAUGGUACUUAAAAUUUUUUUUCAAAAGAUUCUUCCCAGCUAGAGUUAUUUCCAUCAUAUGUGUUGUAGGCAGAAUGAGUGUUAAAUGUAGAGUGAGUAGCAUGGGUGGCUUUCAAUAUCCUAGCCCGAGACAGCUUUCUUCGUUAUUACUCUUUAAACUGUAUUGAUCCUGCUAGUCCCAGAAUGGACAUUUAGUGAGUACAUUGUGUGACUGGGAUAGGAAGGUGCUUGCUGUUUUUGCCAGUACAGCAUAUUAGUUCCUUUGGCCCUUCCAUUGUUUGGGUCCAGAAGUGAUCUAUAGGAAGGCAGCUGUUCAAUAAUCAUGCAGUACAAUGGCUUGUAGUGGGAACCAUAUGGUUAUUGAUUGUCCUAUGUGCUUUAAGGCAUACUUAUGUAUGUCCCGGGGGAAAAAGAAAAAGAUGCAGCUGAGAGUUGCUAACCAUGUUCCUUUGGUUAGAAGUAAAUGAUUCAUUUUUUACCCCUGAUUGGAACAGUCUCUAAAAGGCUCUGGUGAUUGAAUGAGCUUAAUUCCUCAUGCUGUUUUCUUGUAAAAGGUAUCGAAACUGAAAGCCUCUCUAAGGGGAAAAACUUUAAAUUCAGCUCAUAAGACAACAUUUAGUAAGGGAGGUAGGAAAGAUUACCAGUAAUCUUCAGAUGUUGUGGGUAUUUUCUGCCAACAAAAGCCACAUUCAAAUUGUAGUUGGUGAAAGCUUCUUUCAGUAUUAUUUAGAAAAGACCAUCUUGAAUCUAUCUAAUACAGUUUGACUUAUCAGCUUCACUAUAUGCUCAGGUCUUAUUUUGAGCAUUAAGUAGAGUCCUCUGAAGGGGUAAUAGUGAUUCUGGUGGCAAAAUCAGAACUUUAACUUGUUAUAAAACCAUAAUGUAGAAUGGACCUAUUUUGUCAAUUGGGGAUUCUUCUACUUGAGGAACAUAAAUUGCUAUUGCACAGAGACCUUUAAAUUCCCAUAUACUUUAGGAUCACUCUGUUGGCAACUAGGGGAUUAAAAAAAAAAGAUGCUUAUGCAUUGCUAGUACACAAUUAGAGAAUAUUUCUAACGGUUGGAUUUUGAGGGACCCUCCCUAAAGAAUGAGUUAUGUAUCUCCUCAAGGAAAUCAUGGAAAAUUCUGUUUCUUCUUCAGUGAGUCCUUUUGAAUUAAUGUUCUUACAUUUUUUCCUAAGUCUGUGUAAGUGCUUAUGUAUAAGUAUAUAAUUGUAUAAAUAUUUAUAAAUAUA